CGAUAAGCUUAAAUAGAGAAUAUAAUUUAUUAUUAAUUUAAUUUUAUUGUGGUACAGUCCUUUUAUAAUAAAGUGCAAUGUAUCAUCAAGUGUCUUGAUAUUAUUUGUAUUUUGUUUAUUCUUAUUGACACUGAAAAUAGGCAGUUCCAUUUUGUCUUCCAUACCAGUCCCAUUACAGUAGAAAAAUGGAGAAUAAAUCAGAGGAAUUUAUCGCAAGGCCAUAUCAAAUAGACCUUUACGAAAAAGCAUUGAAGUCCAAUACGAUUAUUUAUCUACCAACGGGUUCGGGAAAAACAUUUAUAGCAAUGAUGCUUCUUAAAAAAUUAAGUAUUGCUAUACAAAAACCUUACAGCAAAGGUGGUAAAAGAACAGUGUUUGCGGUCAAUACAGUACCUUUGGUGACACAACAAACUGAAUAUAUUGCAAGACAUACAAGAUUAUCAUGUAAAGGAUAUUGUGGUGAUAUGAAUGUUGAUUUUUGGACAAAAGAAACAUGGUUACAAGAGUUAGAAGAAUAUCAAGUUUUAGUAAUGACGAGUCAGAUACUUUUAGAUAUUAUAAUUCAUGGAUAUUUGCAUUUAAACAGAAUUAAUUUGAUAAUUUUUGACGAAUGUCAUAGAGGAGUAAAUGAUCAUCCUAUGCGCCAAAUUAUGCAGCAAUUUGAACGAUGUGAAGCUUCAGAACAACCUAGAAUAUUAGCAUUAUCUGCUACUCUACUUAAUUCUAAUGUAAAACUACAUAAUAUUAUAGAAUCAAUUAAGACUUUAGAAAUAACAUUUCAUUCAAAAAUAGCAACAGUAGAUAAUAUAAAAGGAUAUUGUACAAAUCCAAAAGAAGUUGUGGUUCGGUAUGAAACAUAUACAGAUACAGACAGUUGGUCUAAGGGAAUAAUGUUUUUAAGAAAUCUAGCAGGUUUAUUAAAUGUUGCAUGUAUUCCAUCUAAUCGUGACUUUAAUCAAUCAAGUAGAGAAUUUAAAAAAAAAACUGUAAAUGUAAAACUUUUGAAUCUUAUAGAAGAUAUUAAAGAACAUGCUGAUAUAACAGGUUUAUAUGGUGUUAAUAAAUGUAUUUUAUUACACUUAAUUCAACUAGAAUACAAAAAGAGAACUGUUGAUCAUCAAUUUGCAUCACAUUUCUUUGAAUAUGUGGUAACAGAAUUAUUUAAAUUAAGAAGACUCGUGGAAGAUGAAAUGGACGAUUAUUCAGACCAACAAAAAAUAUAUAAUUUUUCAUCAGAUCGAGUUCUCAGACUAAUUACAUUAUUGAAAAAUUUUAAUGAUAAUAAAUCAAGCAACCAGAAAUUUUGUUGCAUUAUUUUUGUAAAACGUAGAUUCACUGCUAAAGUAUUAUACCAUGUUUUAAAGGAUAUACAUGCUUUUGAUGAAAGCUAUGGAUUUUUAUUACCGGAUUAUAUUGUAGGUUUUAAUAAUAGUCCUUAUAAAAAUUCUAAAGAAGUUUUAUGUAUUUCUAAAUGGAACAGAGAAGUUUUACAUAGAUUUAGAAAUGGGUUAACUAAUUGUGUUAUAGCAACGGAUGUUCUUGAUGAAGGGGUUGAUAUACCUGUUUGUACACUUGUAAUACGUUUUGAUCUUCCACUAGACUUCCGAUCUUAUAUUCAAAGUAAAGGACGCGCUCGUCAUUCAUCAAGUCAAUAUGUUAUCAUGUUAAAUAAAAAUGAUCACAAUUAUAUUAAGAAACACAUGCUAUUUCAAGAUAUUGAUAGGUCUUUACAAAAGAUAUUAGUAGGAAAAUCUGAGUUACGUACAGAACCUACUGCAAAGGAAAUUAAAGAUCAAUUAUAUUCUUAUACAAUUGAACCAUAUAUAGUGAAAACAGGUGAAAAUACCGAAAGUAUACUAACAGAACAAGCUGCAAUUAGUUUAAUAAAUAGAUAUUGCGGUUUAUUAUUGAAAUCGAAAUUUAUAUCUUUGUCUCCAGUUUGGAAAUUAUAUAAAAUUAAUGAGGAGAAGAAACAAUUUCAGGUCUCCCUUAAAUUGCCAUCUCUAUCUCCGCUUAAAGAAAUAGUCUUUGGAGAUGUUAUGUCUUCCAUAGAUGCAGCUAAAAGAUCUGCUGCUUUUAAAACUUGUAUAAAAUUACAUCAAAUUGGUGAAUUAUCAGAUAAUUUAAUGCCAUGUAUAAAUGUUAUUCCAGAAAAUACAAAUUAUCUUUUCCCGAAUUGGAUAGAUGAAGAUAUAAAAUCAAAUCCUGGUACUAACAGAAGAAGAAGAUAUCACAAACUUAUGUAUCCAGAGCCAUUAUAUGGCACAUUUCCUUCAGAAGGAGUUACUUUAUAUCUUCAUAUUCUUUGCACUGAACCAGUAUAUCCAGUACCACAAGAUAAUAGAAAUUUAGUAUUUUAUAACUUGUUACGUGAUUCGGCUGGAUUUGGAAUACUUUCAACGAAAUCAAUUCCACAAAUUCCAUCAUUUCCUAUCUUCAUGAAUGUUGGAGAACUGAAAGUUAAUGUUAAAGUUGACCAUGAAAAAAUGAUUUUAACUUCUGAAGAAAUUGAAGAAUUAAAAAUUUUUCAUACUACGAUAUUUAGUAAUAUUAUAUCUGUUAUUAAGCCAUUUAUGACUUUCGAUAAUGAUAACCUUGAUAAUUGUUUUCUUAUUGUACCAACUGAUAAGGAACAUAAAAUAAAUUGGAGUGUUGUUAAAAAAUACAAAUAUAUCAAUUAUGUUAAGUCUUCUACACCAUUACAAAACGUUGAUUUCGAAUUAGCAUUAAUUGUUCCUGAUUAUAGAUUAUCUCCAAAUGUGUAUGUUGUCACACAAGUAUGCGAUGAUCUUGCACCAAAUUCAUGUUUUCCAACAAAUGAUUUUCUUACUUAUGCUCAUUACUACGAUCAAAAACAUGAGUUAAAAAUACGUGACUUAAACCAAUCAAUGUUAGAAGUAAAACCGAUUUCAACGAAAAUUAAUUGUAUAAAACCACGAAAUAUGAAGUCUGGUUUAAGUAAAAGAAAACGUGCAGAUGCACUUGAAGAUUAUGACGAACAUUUAGUACCAGAAUUAUGCUGUAAAGUUGAAUUUCCUGCACUGUAUUGGCUUAAAGCAACUACUUUACCAUCCAUUCUUCAUAGAAUUUCGCAAUUGUUAAUUGCAUUAGAUCUAAGAGAGACGAUUUCUAAAGAGGCAAAUUUGGGUACUUCGCUGAGUGAUCUUAUAAAUCAUAUUUGGCCUCCUUUGAUCAUAGAUAUACAAGAAUCUGAAGCUAAAGCAGAACAGAUGUCAGAAGGUACAUUUGAUGAAAUUAUACAAACUGGACAGCCAAUAUUAGAUUUAAAUGGACCUGAAAUCGAUGUUCUUAAUAUUGAUGCAAAUCUGUAUCCUUGGUCAAAAGAGGAAGAACCACCAGACAUAAUUAGAAAUGCUGAAUAUAUCCAAUUAAUUGAUAUUGAAUAUUACAGUCAUUUUAUGACUAGUACAUGUGCUUCAGAAACGAUUUAUAAUCAACGUAAAGCCAAAAUAAUUAACUACAAAAGUAGGCCUAAAGUAACGGUACCACCUUUGAAAAUUCUAGAAGUAAAUGAUAAAAUAGGGCCAGAACCAAUACAAAUUAUGCAGGCGCUAAUAACUAAUGGAAAUGACGUAUUUGAUCUAGAAAGAUUAGAAAUUUUAGGAGAUUCUUAUUUAAAAUUUAUUAUAUCUUUAUAUUUGUAUACGAAUUUUCCAAAUUAUAAUGAAGGUCGUUUGACUGCACUUAAAGGAAAAAUGAUUGGAAAUCGAAAUUUAUAUUAUUGUGGCACUACAAAGUCCAUCCCAGGAUGUAUGAAAGUCGAUGAUUUUAUACCAAUGAGCACAUUUAUUCCUCCAGCUUAUACAACAUUUCGCCCUUUACAAAAAAUUUUAUUAGAUGCUAAGGUAUCACCAAAUGUAUUAUAUGAACUAAACAUACCUGAAGAAGAAAGAUUUUCUGGAUAUAUAAGUGAAAAUACAAAAAGCGAAAUGCAAACGAAAGUUUUGAAUUGGGCUGCUGCUGAAACACAGACUGGUAUUGAGUAUUACAUAGGUGUACAAAUAGUUCCAGACAAAGCAGUUGCAGAUUGUGUAGAAGCACUAAUAAGUGUAUAUCUUAAAAGUAUGGGAAUGGUAGGAGCUGCAAAAUUAUUAAUAUGGUUUGGUAUUUUGCCUUCCUAUACUAACAUUAAUGAAUUAUUAUAUUCUGUUACUCAAAAACCAGAAAUUAAUUCUGGAGAUCCAAAUGAUUAUAUGCCAUGGGCUGAAACAAUAGAGAAAAGUAUGAAUUAUAAGUUUCAAAAUAGAUCAUAUUUGUUACAGGCUUUUACACAUCCAUCUUACACAGAAAAUACUAUAACAGAAGCUUAUCAAAGAUUGGAAUUUUUAGGUGAUGCUAUUAUUGAUUUUUUGAUUACAGGGUAUAUUCAUGAAUAUUUGGGAGUAUUAAGCCCUGGUGAAGUUACAGAUCUCAGAUCUGCACUUGUAAAUAAUAUUACAUUUGCAUGCUUAGCUGUAAGAUAUGGUUUACAUACAGCUCUUUUAUCCUAUGCUCCACACUUGAAUGAUAUUAUUGAUAGAUUCGUAAAGUUUCAAGAAGAAAGAAAUUACAUAAUUGAUAACGAGAAUCUCUGGAUUUUACUUGAAGAAGAAGAAUGUAAUAUGGCUGAAUAUGUUGAUGUUCCUAAAGUUUUAAGUGAUAUAUUCGAAUCUUUCAUAGGAGCCGUUUAUUUAGAUACUAAUAAAAAUAUUUUAGAAGUUUGGGAUUUGCUAUUUGCUCUUAUGAAUAGAGAAAUCGAUAUUUUUAGUAAAGAUGUUCCAAAGCAACCUGUGCGUUUAAUCUAUGAAUCGCUAGGAACAAAUGCAAGAUUUUUAUCUCCUACUUUAAUAGAUGGUACGAAUACUAUUAUGGUGUCUUUAGAAAUAAUAAAUAAAAGGAAAUCAAAAAUAUUUCAUGGAUUUGGCGCCAAUAAAAAGCAAGCUAAAUGUGCAGCUGCAAAGCAAGCAUUGAAGUUUUUACGUUGCAAAAUUGAAUGAAAUAUGAAUGUAUGAUCUUAUAUUUUGACAUUAAAUGUUACAUUUUAUAAUAUUAGAUAAACGGGAAACUUUGUGACAAAUUUUAAAUAUAUAUAUCAUUCAUUUUAUCA